AUGGGGCUGAGGCUGGCGAUACACUCUCGAGAGCCCUGUGUCUCAGCCAUAAACAGACCCCGUACGGCUUGUUGUAGAUACGAUGAAGAAACACAAAUCUUCCGCGAUGAACGACGAAUCUGCCAUGAAGUGCUUUUACCCGAAAGCAAUCAGCCAGGCAGCUAUCUACGCUUUAACCCUCCCAAGCGUAUCAAACAAACACUUUUCGCAUCCACAAUACCUUACCAACCCACCAUCGAACGACAAAUAAACAAACAAACCACUUCACACCUCGCAAGAAUGGCAGCUAUUGUCCUUGCUCUCGGCGCCGCCAUCUACAUCACCGCCGAGAAGAUCCAGGGCCGCCGAGAAAAGGAGCGCGUCUUGAAGGCUAAGAAUGCCACAAAACAAGCCCUCCUUAAAGAUGACGACAGUGUCAUGGCCGUCGAGGACCUCCCUGCGUAUCAGACGGAGAAACUUCCAGCAUAUGAUUUUGAGCAGAACCACCACCAGCAGCAUCCGGUACUUGUGUCCAGCGAACUCACGGAAAGUUCAAGCCAGCGAUAUUACCUCCAGGCGCGGUCCACCUGA